CGGUACUUGGUAGGUGGUGCUCUAACUUUUACUGUAUGGACUCUUGCUCAGUAGCAUGGGAGAAGAGGAAGGAUUACAUCAAACACAAUUACUGGACACAAUGUUUGUGCGAGGAUUAAAGAGAAAAUGUUUUGAUGGCGAAGAAGAUAUUGAAGGAACUCUGGCUGGUAUUAAGGCUAUUCCUUCAUACAAUCUUCAGCGGCAGUCACUUUUAGAUAUGUCCUUGGUUAAACUUCAGCUGUGUCACAUGCUGGUUGAACCUAACCUUUGUCGUUCGGUACUUAUAGCCAACACGGUACGGCAGAUUCAAGAGGAAAUGACUCAAGAUGGGACUUGGCAGAUGAUAAAUACACAGAGUACAGGGCAGGCAUCCCUGGAUCGUCUUGUUUCAACAGAUAUUCUCUGUCGUUCGUCUAGGGAACAAGCUGAGGGAAAGCAUGUUCCAGCUUAUAGUACUUUCAGUAAAGACUUUGAGGGUGAGCAGGUGGAACACAGUUCAGAAACUAUGUCAACAGCCUCUUCAGUGCAAGCUCCAAGAAACCUGCAGAGCAAUGUGUGGGAAAUGGAGAAUCCACAGGAAAAUAAAGGAAACUUUCAAAAAUCACUAGAUCAAAUAUUUGAGACACUGGAGAAUAAAAGUCCUAAUUCUGUUGAAGAUCUGUUCUCAGAAGUUGACAAUUCCUACUAUGAUCUUGAUACUAUGUUAACAGGCAUGAUGAACAACACGAAAAUGGGACACUGUGAUGGGCUUGAAACGUUUUCUUCUCCAACAACUACAACUUCUAACUCUAAUUGUAAAUCUGAUCUUAAUGAGCUUGAUCAUAUUGUGGAAAUCCUUGUUGAAUCCUGAAACUCCUUGUGUAGGAGA